CAGCGCGUUACAGCAUGAUGAUCUGUGCUAUUCUACGUUUGUUUUCUCUUUCCAUGCUCUUCUCUAAAGCUCUGACAGCAGUGAUCCAAACACAGCAGACUGUGCUGGCAGCAGUGGGAGAAGAUGCUGAAUUCAGCUGUCAGCUCUUGGAGACUAAAGACGUCCUUCAGGUCACAUGGCAGAAAAUCUCACCUGAUGUGCAGGAGAAUGUUGCCUCCUACAACAAGUACUUUGGUCAGAGAGUGAAUGAUGGAUUUAAAGAUAAAUUUCAUUUUAAAUAUGCUGCACUGCAGAACUGCUCCAUAGUCAUCAGGAAUGUGACAGAGCAGGAUGAAGGCUGCUAUCUCUGUCUGUUUAACACUUAUCCUGAAGGCUCCUUCAUUGGUAGAACCUGCCUCCAAGUCUAUGAGCUGCAUGAACCUGUUCUUGAUGUCAGAGAGUCAAACUCUACUGCAGAGUGGGUUGUUUCCUGUUCAGCGACUGGUCGACCUGCUCCCACUGUAACACUCAGUGUCUCACAACAACACCUCAACUUCUCCCAGUACAACACUGUCAGUGUGUCCAACACCAACGCUACAUUCACUGUCACCACUACAGCUGUGCUCUCAGGUUCACAGAGAAACAGCACACAGGUGGGAUGUGCAGCACGAGUGCUCUCUGCUCCUCAGAUAGAGGUCAUUCAGGUCAUUCCUGAUGAUGAUGAUGAUGAUGAUGAUGAUGAUGAUGAUGAUGAUGAUGAUGAUGAUGGCGAGAAUGGUGAUUCCACCUGGAUCAUUGUAGCUGUAGUAUUGUUGCAGGUGGUCUUUGUCUGUGCUGUUAUACUUUUUUACUUAACGAAAAAGAAAAGAAUAUUUGCAGGUCUGACUUUCUGUCACUCAGGAACCUCAGAAGAACAAAACACAACAAAAUCAUCCAAUGACAUUGAUGCGGAGCUGAGGCAAAUACGGGCGGCGGGGUCGAGGUGCCUCAUCCAGGCCAACCACAGGUACCAAGCAGGCAUCAAUGGGAUCCAGGAAGCGCCGGGACACAAAGCAGCGUGGAGAUAA